AAAUGGAAUUGUACCAUCUCUAUUGCGUGAAACGUUUGCUUGUAUUUUCUGUGGGGAUUUCAAAAUAUAUUUUUUUUGAUAUGUCGAAUGACAAACGUACCGUCUAUGUAGGCGGCCUAGCGGACGAAGUAACAGAGAGACUCCUCAACAAUGCUUUUAUUCCAUUUGGAGAUAUUGCCGACAUACAAAUGCCUGUAGACUAUGAAUCUCAAAAACAUAGAGGAUUUGCCUUCAUAGAAUACGAGCAAUUCGAGGAUGCCGCCUCAGCGAUAGACAAUAUGAAUGAUUCGGAGCUCUGUGGGCGCACCAUACGGGUCAAUUUGGCAAAACCAGUACGUGUGAAGGAGGAUAGCUUCAAGCCGGUGUGGGCCGAUGAUGAUUGGUUACAGAAGCACGCCGGUGCAACUCUUCAAACUGAGAACAGUGAAGAGACUGAGGGCAGCGAAAAGGUCGAAACUCCAUCAACAGGUCCUGCUGUAAUUGAGAAAGCAGAGAAACGAAACCCACAAGUUUUCUUUGAUGUUCGCAUUGGAGGCAAUGAUGCAGGACGCAUUGUCAUGCUGCUCCGUGCAGAUGUUGUGCCCAAGACGGCGGAAAAUUUCCGACAAUUAUGCACACAUGAGCAGGGAUAUGGGUAUAAGGGUUGCUCAUUUCACCGCAUCAUUCCAGAAUUCAUGUGCCAAGGCGGUGACUUUACUCAUAACAAUGGAACUGGUGGCAAGUCCAUUUACGGCAAAAAAUUCAGCGAUGAGAAUUUCAGUCUGAAACACAAUAGCUUUGGUACCUUAUCCAUGGCCAAUUCUGGCUCUAACACAAAUGGUUCACAGUUCUUCAUAUGCACAACUAAAACCGAUUGGCUUGACAAUAAGCAUGUGGUUUUCGGCCAUGUAAUCAGUGGAGCAGAUGUAGUACGUAAAAUGGAAAGAUGCGGCUCUAAAUCGGGCACACCAUCCCAAAAAAUUGUAAUUUACGCCUGUGGCGAGCUUAAAUAACAAAUAAAACA